AUUUCAGCUAUAGCAGAGGUGUACAAUGAUGAAGGAAACAAAGAAUUUGAGAAAGGAGAAUUCCACAACGCCGUGUAUUUCUACACAGAAGGUAUUAAAGUGAAAUGCAAGGAUGAUGAGCUAAAUGCAAAGCUGUACAGGAAAAGGGCGUCAGCUUAUAGACAAAUAGGUAAGAUUUGUGUGCGUUUUCGCGUUAUAUUUCUACUUUACAGAAAGAAACAAAAAGAUUUUUAUUACAUGUAUAACGCAAACUGCCGCUUAUAAGCGCUUGGCUUAUACAUCUACGUAAGGGGGUUGAGGAGGCCCUAACCGGAAGGGCUUAUAUUCGAGGGGCUUAUAUCCAAGGAGCUUAUAACUGGAACAGAAAAAGCGCUUGGAAACAAGCUAUAGCGAUGCUGAUCAAAAUACCGGUACCUUCUGCGUUACUGGUUUUUAAUUGAUAAGCUUCAAAACGCCAUAAUAAAUCGAAUUCAUUUCAAUACUUCUGGAACAGAAAUUAAAGAGGUGGGGUGGGGUUAUAUCGGUGAGGGGGGGGGGGGUAUAAUCGGAUGUUUUUUAAUGUUUAUAGUUACACGGGCCCUUGACUUGGGGAGGGGGUGGGGGCUUAUCAGCGGCAGUUUACGGUAAGGAGAUAUGUAGAGGUAACGUUGGUUUUAAGGUAUCACUUGGAAAAGAAGUGUUCAGAGACUCGCAAUUAAAAAGAGUAAAACAAGAUUACAAAAAAACAGAACAAGAAAAAUAAUCCAUUUUACAGUUACAGGUGGAAACGAGGCUAAUGUUGACCUUGUUUUGAUACAGUCCUUCCUGCGUUAUUAUGUAAAUCAUGUUGUUUUUAUGCUAACUAGUAUUUUUUAAUUAUUAUUUCCAUAAGAAAAGGAACGAGGUUUGAAUCAAAAUAAGGUCAACCUCAGCCUCACGUUUUCAUGGUUGAGUUUAGAGUUUAAAAUACGAUGUAAAAGAAGUAGAUAAAAGGCAAACGGAUGGAGCUGUUCUUGACAUGUAUUAGUUAAGAAACCUUACGAGACAGGUUCCUUCUCAUUGUAAUGAUUUCGUUGGCUUUAUACUUUGCGUUUUUCAUUGCCAGGAAAUGUUACGGACUCACUCGAUGAUGCAAGAAUUGCCAUUCUGUUGCAGCCCCAGUUAGAAGAAUCCUUUAAAGAAGGUGUGCACUUUUUAAGGUUCAUUCAGUCAAGCAGUAGUAAUUAUCGAAAAGAUUGAGGAAAGUAAAGACUGUGUACAUAUUGCCGCUCUUUAUGCAGACGCUUCUGACAACGCCUGGCGUAGUUAUGGUGACUCGCAGGACAAAACACUUCCCAGAAUCUAAAACACGCCCAACAACUGAACAAUCCAAAAAUACGUCCCAGAAAUAAAAUUCUGGGAAGUGGUUGGAUACUGGGUACUGUUUUUAGAUUCUAGGAAGCGUUUUGUCCGCACGAGCCACCGUAACCGGUUCCUUACAUCUUAUAUGAUCUUACGCGGCGCACGGAGCUACCACCGUUUUGGUCGCCAUGGCGAGUAGAAAACAUUUUGGCGACUAAAAUUGCAGCGAGGGUUUGCGAAAAAAUCGCAUUAAAUAUUAUUUACGGUCUGUUUUUUUAAAAAUAUAAUUUGCUUCUCUCGCCUCGUUUUGCCGGGUUUUGUAUUGAGCCUUGAGAUGACUGACGCGUUCACGUACCUUGAAGAUGCGCAACCAUUUCAACUAUUUCACAUCUUUCAUGCAGCACCACACAAAGUGCCUGUUUUUUUGCUUUUGCUUUUGUUUUCUGCCGUCCAAUAUUUACGUCUCGCAACAAUUUUACAAUGGCGACUUUGAAAAAAAUUGAGCUUGCCAUGCCCAAUUUUUUUUUUCAAAAUCUGGCUUCCUGGAAAAAGAGAGUAGUCAUAAAGGGAUGAAAUUAACCGGAUUUAUGCCUUCCCCCGCCUUACGUAUGCCUUCUCUUUAUUUAUUUAAUAUCUAUAAGUGUCUUCCUGCAUACUAAUUUAGUGCCUUCCUGCAUAUUAAUUAUGUGCCUAGUCAGUGUCUAGCUAGCUCGGUAAAAAUGCGUUCCUCCAUACUAACUAUGGUCCUGUUUACAUGGAGGUGGGGGACGCCUUCUCCAGAAUUUUGAUCUUUUCCCACCUCCCCCUCAAUCUUGAUUUCCCUCCUCCACAAUUUUAUCAUUUUCCCUCCUCCUCAUCCACCUCCUCAUUUCUUUAUACAUUUUUCCACCCACAAAUACAUCUACCUCAUAUCGACUCUACAUGGACCCUACAUGGACCCUAGAGUCAACUUUUUUUUCAACACAGCUUCGUGAAUAGUGAAACUGUAUGCCACCACCACCACAUUUCCUUUAUUUUCCUUCCACCACCACCACAUUUCUAUUGUUUCCCUCUACCACCACCAAUUAAUCCUUCUUAAGUUUUUUUUUGUUUUUGUUUUUAUGAUAAUAUGUCAAGACUGCCCCUUUGGUCUAGCUGUAGAGGCAAUUUGUAUGCAAAUGUCGGGUUGUUAACUCGCAUAAUUAACUGACUAACGGCGCGUGAAAAUGACAAGACUUCAAUAGUUUUUCAUUUCCUCGAGAUAGAACGGAGAAAACGGUGAUGUAAUAGUGAGACAAAAUUGAAAUAAAGAGGUUUCAGCUCUACUUUGUGUACGCGUGUGUGGUUCUGUUUAUAUAUCGAUUUUUAGCGCUAAAUAAGACAUAGUAAGCCGUUUCUCGCAUUGCUAGGUGGUCGCUUCUCUUAUUCGUAUUUUUUUCAACAGACGGUCCGAAAACCGGGCUAAAGUUACUUAACGGGCAAGUCUAGGCAACCCUAUUGUUCCUAUUGUGUUCUUCUAUACGAAAAGAAACGACUAUCCACUUAAUUAUAUAUGGAGGAAAGCACUUGAUUAGUAUGGAGGAACGCAUUUUUACCUAGCUAGGUAGACACUGACUAGGCACAUAAUUAAUAUGCAGUAAGGCACUAAAUUAGUAUGCAGGAAGACACUUAUACAUAUUAAUAAAGGGAAGGCAUAAAUCCGGUUAAGGUCAUCCCUCUAUGACUACUGAAGAGAGUAUUUGGAGGGGCUAGGUACAUGACACUUCUAAGGCCGUUUUAGCACUUACUAAAAGAUCACAGAAUUGCUAGGAGAAAUACUUCUUUCAACGUUUAGUUGUUAGCUAAAGAAAAAAGGCAAAAACAUUGAAAAUGGCAUAACCGACCGUAGCCUAGUUCCUUACAAAUAAUCCACGAAACUAAACAUUGCAGCUUUUCUCCUCCAGGCUAACAACGGCCAAUCUUACACUGAACUGUUAGCUUUUCAUCCGCUGCCUUAAAUUUUGUGUCAUGCCAAAUGAGCACUUAAUUUACUUUUAUUUAAAAAGUAAACUAUUCUCAUUUUCUGUAGAUCCGUUGUUUUGUGUGGAACGCGAGGAAUACGAGGAAAUGUAUCAACUUUUUCAUAACAAAGCAGACGCUCGAUAUAAAUCCGGACAUUACAAGGAGGCCAUGUAUUUGUUUGCAUCGUGUCUUAAAAUUGCUCAAGACCUGGGAGAAAGAGUUCAAGAAGGAGUGGCAUAUGCAAAUCUUGCUAGCUGCUAUUUCUACAUGAAAGAUUAUAAGAAAGCUAUAGAAUUCUAUGAACUCUCCAUGAAUUGUAUAGAAGAGACAGACUAUAAGGAUUUUAAAGUUUACAUUUAUACAUGUCUUGGUGAUGCGCAUUUUAAACUUAAAAAUUUCAAGAAGGCCAUAAACAACUAUCAAAUUGGUUUACAAAUUAUCGAGGAAAAGGGAGAUGUUGCUAAAAAGGCAAACAUGUAUAAAAUUCUUAGUGAAACUUAUUCAAAAACUGGAGAUUACAAAUGGGAGAUUCAUUACCAAGAACUGCGUCUUAAAGCUUCUAAAGAAAUAGGAGACAGAACUGCUGAACGCAACGCAUACCUCAAACUUGCAUCAGCUUAUUACCGUAGCAAGGAUUCCGAGCGGGCGAUACAAUUUUGUGAACUCUAUCUGAAUGAUAGUAAGUCACCAGUAGAAAGAUCUGAGGAAGGAAUCGUUUGUUUAAUUCUCAGCAACGCUUGUCUUAAAACUCGUGACUUUGAAAAAGCUGUGAUCUACCGACAACGUAGUCUGGCUCAAUUAGGGGACACGACAAGCCAAGGCAACGCAUACAGUGAUAUUGGAAAUGCAUACCUCGAUCUUGGUGAUUCAAAGAAAAGUAUGGAAUGGUUUAAGCAGCAUCUUAGCUUUGCAAAAGAAAAAGGCGACAGACCCGGAGAAGGACGGGCGUUGGAAACUAUCGGUGUAUUACACUUGAGGCUUGGAAAUUUUAAGGCUGCAAUAAAGGACUUUGAACUAUGCCUGGAAAUUGCCAAAGAGACUGGGGACAAAUCUAGAGAAGCUUCUGCCUAUGAUGGUCUUGGUCUGGCACAUGACAAUCUCGGUCGUUUCAAAGCAGCUAUGGAGUUCUUUGAACUCCAGUUACAAAUUGCUCAAGAUCUCAGUGACAAGAAACUCGAAAGAACUUCGUAUUGUAAUCUUGGAAAUACAUGUCUCCACCUAGGUAACUUUAAGCAGGCCUUGGUCUUCCACACCCAACUAUUAAACCUUGUAAAAGAAUCAGGAGACACGAAAGGAGAAGAAGUCGCAUAUGGUAGUCUUGGUAAUGUUUAUUACAAGCUCGGAUUCUUGAAAGAAGCAAUUGAAAACCACGAGCGCCAGCUAGAAAUUGUCAAAGAACGAAGAGAUAGAGAGGAAGAAGCGGUAGUUUAUUGUAAUCUUGGGAACGAUUACAGAAGCCUUGGAAACCUGCAAAAAGCUAAACACUACUACGAACGGAAUUUAAAAAUCGCUAAAGAAAUUAAAGCAAAGGCUAUGGAAGGAGGAGUCUACGCUAACCUCGGUAUUGUUUACCGUCAUAUGAAAGAUUUCAAAAAAGCAAUAGAAAACCACAACAGAAAUCUUGAAAUAUGCAGAAAAGUGGGAGACAGGCCUGGGGAGGGACGGGCUUAUGGCAAUCUUGGACUCGCUUAUACUGAUCUUGGAGACUUAGAAAAAGCACUUGAAUAUAAUAAACUUUGCCUUGAAGUUGCUAAGGAAGUAGAAGAUAAAGCUUGCGAAGGAUAUGCGUAUGGCAACAUUGGCAAAACAUACCUCGCGCAAGGUGAUUGCGAAAGAGCUUUACAGUAUCAUGAAUGUCAGAGGAAAAUUGCCAUUGAGGUUGGAGAUGAAAUAGGACAAGCAAUCGGUAAUUUUAAUGUCGGAAGUGUCUUUAAGAAAAUGGAUUCUCUUUGUAAGGCUCUUCAUUAUAUUGAAUCCAGCGUAAAAAUCCUUAAUGAUAUGAGAACGCGUCUCCUAUCAAACGAUGAGUGGAAAAUUGGCCUGAGAGACGUUCAUAAAAUGGUUUAUGCAGGUUUGUGGAGAGUUCUCAUUGAUCAAGACAAGAUCACGGAGGGACUAGUUGCUGCUGAGCAAGGACGCGCACAAGCGUUAAAAGACCUCAUGGAAUCGAAUUAUGGCUUGAAAACUGCUAAUGGUAGACGCACAACGCAGGAAAUGUCAAAAGAUGACAUACUGAGCUGCAUUUCAUCAGUUGUAGUUUUUACAGCCACAUACAGCCACCUCAAUUGCUUUUGGGUGUUGCGAAAAGAGAGUGUUUGUCUAAGGAAACUAUCGAUUGAAUACGAUGUACAAUCGAUGCUAGAAGUUGCUCGUGAGAAGAUUGGCGUGAGAGACGGCGCACAGUGCGAGGAUCGGUCACUGGACAGGUUACGAAACAACGAAGAGGAAAGUGAAGGGUGUGUUCAGAGGCGUCCGGCUGCAUUGCCCAAUCAGGAUAAUCCUUUCAGAACAUUGUAUGAGUUGACUAUAAGUCCGAUCAUUGAUUUAAUUCAUGGCGAUGAGCUGAUCGUAGUGCCUGAAGGUCCCUUAUGGUUGGCCCCCUAUGCUGCGUUCAAGGACCCGAAUUCGAGAUACCUUAGUGAAUCAUUUCGAAUUCGUUUUAUUCCCUCUCUGCUCAGUUUGAAAAUGAUCUUGGAUUGUCCAGCAGAUUACCACGCAAAGAACGGUGCUCUGCUCGUAGGAGAUCCUUGGGUAGAGGAAGUUAAACUAAAGCAACUCCCGUGUGCAAGGAGGGAAGUGGAGUUGAUUGCUGAGAUUCUUCAUACUACACCCCUCACUGGCAAAGAGGCGACGAAGGCUGAAGUGCUUAAACAGCUCUCCAAUGUUGCACUAGUUCACAUCGCAGCUCAUGGUCGAAUGGAAACAGGAGAGAUUGCGCUGUCACCAAAUCCUACACGAGCAUCUGAGAAGCCCAGCGACGAAGACUUUCUUCUAACAAUAAGCGAUGUGUUGAAUGUCAGGCUGCGAGCAAGACUAGUUGUUCUAAGUUGUUGUCACAGUGGUCGUGGGGAGAUCAAGGCAGAGGGUGUGGUCGGCAUUGCACGAGCGUUUCUUGGAGCUGGUGCUCGUUCCGUUCUGGUGUCACUUUGGGCCAUUGACGACAAGGCCACACUGGAGUUCAUGAAAUAUUUCUAUCAGCAUUUAGCGGAAGGAAAGAGUGCAAGUAAAUCUCUGAAUCAAGCCAUGAAGUUCAUGAGAGAAUCGGACGAGUUCAGCGACGUGAAGUACUGGGCACCGUUUGUUCUCAUUGGAGAUGAUGUCACUCUAGAAUUUCAAGGGAGCCACUAG